ACCAUGGCUGCUACCGGAACGUUCCGCAUGGUGUCUGAGGAGGAGCAGGCGAUGAGGAACAAGCUGGAGCACCUGACCGUGAAGGACCACGGCCCCGUGUUCGGACCCUGUGAAAAGCUGCCCGGCCACACCCUUCAGAAGGCCAAGGAUGAGCUGAACGAGACGGACGAGAGACGGGCGUCGGCCCUGAAGGAGCUGAGGGCCGCCAUCCGAGAGCGGGGGGCCGGGGGCGGCGAGGAGCUGGAGGCGAUGGUGCUGGAGCGCUUCGGGGAACACCCCGACUCCAUGCUGCUCCGCUUCCUGAGAGCCCGCAAGUUCGACGUGGGCCGAGCCUACGACCUCAUGAAGGGCUACGUGCGGUUCAGGAAGGAGUACCCCGAGCUGUUUGAGAACCUGACCCCUGAGGCGGUGCGCAGCACCAUGGAGGCCGGCUACCCGGUGGUCCUGCCCAGCCGGGACAAGUACGGCCGGGUGGUCCUGCUCUUCAACAUCCAGAACUGGGACCUGGAGGAGAUCACCUUUGACGAGACCCUGAGAGCCUACUGCGUCAUCUUGGAGAAGCUGCUGGAGAACGAGGAGACGCAGAUCAACGGCUUCGUGCUGAUCGAGAACUUCAAGGGCUUCACCAUGCAGCACGCGUCCGGGAUCAAGCCUGCGGAGCUCAAGAAGAUGGUGGACAUGAUGCAGGAGUCCUUCCCGGCCCGCUUCAAGGCAGUGCACGUGACCCACCAGCCCUGGUACUUCACCACCACCUUCAACGUGGUCAAACCCUUCAUGAAGAGCAAGCUCCUGGAGAGGGUGUUUGUCCACGGCGAUGAGCUGGACGGCUUCUUCAAGGAUUUCGAUGCGAACCUGCUGCCAGCAGACUUUGAUGGAAAAGCUCCCGUCACUGACUACAAGGCUGUGGCCUCCAAGAUCUUCGGUUCUGAAGACACUGCUCUCUGAACAUGCACUGGUUAAACACCUCAGAACACCAGGCGGGAACCACGCCCUCCAGUUGUACCCACGGUGCCCUGACAUCUGGAUGCUUCUUGCCUUUUCUCUCUCUGUUCUCAACUAUC